AUGAUGGACCUUUUCGAGACCAACGCGUACCUCUUCAACGACCUGCGCUACUUGGACGACGGCGAGCACGGCGCGCUUCACCACCUGGACGCGGCGGGGGUCUCGCCGCUCUACCGCGCCCCCGAGGAAGACGACAGCCCGCCCUCGCCCGAACGGGACCGAGCCGCGUCCGAGACGGGCGAGGACAGCGGCGGCGAGGAGCAUGUCCUGGCGCCGCCCGGCCUGCGUGCCCACUGCGAAGGCCGGUGCCUGAUGUGGGCCUGCAAGGUGUGCAAGAAGAAAUCUGCGCCCACCGAUCGCCGCAAGGCCGCCACCUUACGCGAGCGGCGGCGCCUCAAGAAGAUCAACGAGGCUUUCGACGCGCUCAAGAGGAAGACGGUGGCCAACCCGAACCAGAGGCUGCCCAAGGUGGAGAUCUUGCGAAGCGCCAUCAGCUACAUCGAGAGGCUCCAGGAGCUUCUGCACGGUCUGGACGAGCGGGACCACUCCGACAAACGAGACCACGUCAUCGCUUCGGGAAAUCAUUGGAAAAAAAACGGCGACACCUGGACCAACGCCGCCGACCAUUCCAGCGCCGGAUCGGUGAACCAGAGGGAAGGUAAAAAAAUUAAAAAACGAUGGUUUUCAUAUUUAUGUCGCAAUUCAAUAAAAUUUCCUGACAUUUUUUGGGGCAUUCAGGGUGCUGCGAUUCGUCGGCUUCCUGCAGCCUCCUGCGUCUGUCAUCCAUAG